CGAGAUGAGAGACUGAAGGUGUAAAAUGCGCCCCUAGCGGUAAGAACAGAGUUAAAAAGCAGUGGGCGACCGGCGGCGCGCCACAGUUGAGCCCUACGGUUGACUUUGACAAGAGCCGCAGAAAAGUUCAAAUUAGCAGCAGACCUGAGACGUGCAGCAUAUCCGCGCAGAGCAUCAUGGCCAAAAAGGCACAGAAGACUCCUCACCUGCACCUGGCCGAGGUCACCGCAUCCCAGUUCCUCGACAUCUGGAAACAUUUUGAUGCCGAUGGCAAUGGUUAUAUCGAAGGGAAGGAGUUGGAGAAUUUCUUUCGGGAGCUGGAAUCCGCCCGGAGAGGAUCUGGCGUGGACCCUUCAAACUCAACAUUCAGAGAAAAGAUGAAGGAGUUCAUGCAGAAGUUCGACAAGAACAAAGAUGGAAGAAUUGAGAUGUCAGAGCUGGCCCAGAUUCUCCCCACUGAAGAGAACUUCUUGCUCUGCUUCAGACAGUUUGUCAGUUCCAGUGCUGAAUUCAUGGCGGCAUGGCGGCGAUAUGAUACAGACCGCAGUGGUUACAUUGAAGCAAACGAAUUGAAGGGCUUUCUGUCAGACCUCUUGAAGAAGGCUAACAGAAACUACGAUGAACAGAAGCUUAACGAGUACACAGAGACCACACUCAGGAUGUUUGAUCUGAAUGGAGAUGGAAAACUGGGCCUUUCAGAGAUGGCAAGAUUGCUACCUGUUCAAGAGAAUUUCUUGCUCAAAUUCCAGGGUGUCAAGCUGACCAGUGAGCAGUUCAAUGCAAUCUUCACAUACUACGACAAGGAUGGGAAUGGCUACAUUGACGAGCAGGAAUUGGACGCCCUGCUACAAGACCUUUGCCUGACAAACAAGACGGAGGCAGACCCGAAGAACCUGACAGGCUACAAGCAGAGCAUCAUGAGCCUGUCUGAUGGAGGAAAGCUCUACCGCGGCGAGCUUGAAAUCGUCCUCUGCAGGGAGCCAAUUCAAUGAUCCUUUCUUGUUGUGUAUCCUAAUUAUGUCUGCUCUCCCUGCCCUGCUCUCCCAGUAAAACACUACCUUCCUACUUUCUGGUAACAAAACACCAGGUGCAUGUGCCGGACCUCACAUCUUCUCCAAAAGCUCUUUCUUCUGAGAGAAUGACAAGUACAACAUUGGCAUAAAAUAGCUCUUACCCAGUAAACCCUUGUUUUCUGCAACCUGACCUCUCAACCCGAAGGUGAUCUUUUGUGAAACAUCUAGCAAGCCCUCCUAUUUCACAUGAUGUCCUUUGAUGCCAUAUGAUUUGACAUUCAAUGUUUGUUUUUGGCUGAUACUGUAAAAUGAAAAUCGCAAUAAAACCUCUUA